AUGACCACUAGGAAUCUCACCUGGGUGACUGAAUUCAUUCUCAUGGGAGUCUCAGACCUUCCAGAGUUGCAGAUUCCCCUCUUCCUUGUCUUCCUGGUCAUCUAUGUGCUCACCGUGGCAGAGAACCUGGGCAUCAUCACCCUCACCAGUGUCAACUCAAAACUCCAAACCCCCAUGUACUACUUCCUCCGACACAUGGCCAUCAUCAACCUUGGCACCUCCACCAUCAUUACCCCUAAAAUGCUGGUCAUUGUUAGUAAGAAAACCACCUCAUACUAUGAAUGUGCCACCCAACUGGGGGGAUUCCUGUUUUUUGUAGUAGCCGAGAUCUUCAUGUUGGCUGUGAUGGCCUAUGAUUGCUAUGUGGCCAUUUGCAAUCCCCUGCUGUACAUGGUGGUGGUGUCUCUGAGGAUGUGCUUUCUGCUGGUGUCCCUCACAUACCUGUAUGGCCUGUUCACAGCUAUAGUAGUUACCCCAUGUGUAUUCUCUGUAUCUUGUUGUUCUUCCAAUGUCAUCCACCAUUUUUAUUGUGAUAAUAUUCCCUUGUUAGCAUUGUCCUGCUCUGAUACACAAAUGCCAGAAACAGUAGUGUUUAUCUUCUCUGGAAAAAACUUGGUUUUUUCCAUGAUCAUUGUCCUAGUAUCCUACUUCAAUAUUACCCUUGCCAUUUUGAGGAUACGUUCAGCAGAAGGAAGGAAAAAAGCCUUUUCUACCUGUGAUUCUCAUAUGAUGCCUGUCACUGUGUUCUGUGGCACUCUCCUUUCCAUGUAUUUGCAACCAAGGACAAAUCACUCAUUAGACACUGACAAAAUGGCUUCCAUCUUCUACACGGUAGUGAUACCAGUGCUAAACCCUGUAAUUUAUAGCUUAAGGAACAAGAAUGUGAAGGAUGCUUUCAAGGGAUUCCUGAAUAAUCCAUGCCAAGCAUUUAAACAAAUGUAA